UCUGAUUUGAAAUCUGAUAUGGCUUUCACUCCAAGCUUUGCUCAGCAAAGUCAGAGCCAGAUAAGAUCGUAAGGAGCUCGUGCAAACUCUUAGGAUCCCGCGCUCCUACUCCUUCUACACUUCCAACCUCAUCCUUCUCAGAUUCGUCGGACACAGCGGCACCGCAACCAACCACGCUGCAAAUUUUAGUUUCCGCUUCACCGCUUCUGCGGAUCUGCACCUGAACCUCUCCUCUGUGCUACACUGCUACUGCUUACUGCUCUCGUGCUCUAUAUUUAUCUGUUCUUACUUGCUGAUUUAGAGGCUUCAAAUCCCAGAAUUUGAUCAAACAAAGCUUUGAGGAUAUGGGGAGCUCGGAGAAGGUUGUUGCUGUGAUCAUGGUGGGUGGACCCACCAAAGGGACCAGAUUUCGGCCUCUUUCAUUCGCCAUUCCAAAACCCCUUAUCCCUUUGGCUGGCCAGCCAAUGGUUCAUCAUCCUAUAUCAGCUUGUAAGAGGAUACCCAAUUUGGCACAAAUAUAUCUGAUUGGAUUCUAUGACGAGCGGGAAUUUGCACUAUAUGUCUCUUCGAUUUCAAAUGAGCUGAAAUUACCAGUAAGUCACAUAUCUUCCUCCUAAAUUGUGACGUCUGCUGCAGUUUCCCGUUAGCAUCCAUGCUUGAAGCACAUAUAAAGUAUGGUGGUAUGGGGACAAUGUUGGUAAUCAAGGUUUCGGCUGAAUUAGCCAGCGAGUUUGGGGAGUUGGUUGCGGAUCCAACAACUAAUGAAUUGCUGCAUUAUACUGAGAAGCCUGAGACUUUUGUUAGUGACUUAAUAAAUUGUGGAGUCUAUAUUUUCACGCCCGAUAUUUUUUCUGCCAUCCAAGAUGUAUCCACAAAUCGAGAAGGCAGAGCCAAUCUACGUCGUGUCUCCAGCUUUGAAGCACUCCAAUAUGCCACAAGGAGUAUUCCUCCAGAUUUUGUAAGACUGGAUCAAGAUAUAUUGUCACCCCUAGCUGGAAAGAAGCAACUAUAUACAUAUGAGACAAAUGAUUUCUGGGAGCAAAUCAAAACUCCAGGAAUAUCCCUGAAAUGCUCAGAGUUGUAUCUUGCACAAUAUCGGCAUACUUCACCUCAUCUUUUGUCCAGUGGAGAUGGUACAAGAAGUGCGACCAUUGUUGGUGAUGUAUAUAUUCAUCCAUCUGCGAAAGUUCAUCCAUCUGCAAAGAUUGGUCCCAAUGCUUCUAUCUCGGCAAAUGUUCGUGUGGGUGCUGGUGCCAGGUUAAUCAACUGUAUCAUCUUGGAUGAUGUUGAAAUUAAGGAAAAUGCAGUAGUUAUAAAUUCUAUUGUUGGAUGGAAGUCAUCAAUUGGAAGAUGGUCACGAGCGCAGGCUGAAGGUGACUACAAUAAAAAGCUUGGUAUAACCAUUCUAGGAGAAGCUGUGACAGUGGAAGAUGAGGUGGUGGUGGUUAACAGCAUUGUUCUUCCCAAUAAGACUCUUAAUGUCAGUGUACAAGAAGAAAUCAUCUUAUAAUCCAGAGAGAAAGUUUAUGUAUAAUGGACCACUAAGAAAUGCUCCAUUUGAAAUAUCAUAUCCUACUAGAGGCUCCUGGAAUUUUUGGCUUAUAUAUUUGAAAAUUUGGCUGAGCAGGUAACAAUGUAAUAUAUUAUAAAAGAAAACUGAGUGUUAUAAUUUUUGUUAAUCUUGGGUAUGCUUGUUAGUCCUAUUGGCUGA